AUGAAGCUCGUGCGGCACGCGCAAGACUCUGGUGGGACGCUGCCGGCCGUUCCGGGCCUCAUCGCGGUCGAGGGUCCGACGGACGCGCGCGCGGUGCUCCGUGCGGUGCGCGCAACAGUCCUAGUGUCCUUCGGGGCGUCUGCGCUGCGGGAGGGCGCCCCGGGGGCGAUGGUCGAGAUCGGGAAGAAGUUCGGAGGCCUCGUGGUUCUCAUGGAUCCAGACAACCAGGGGCGGCAGAUCAGGAACGCGCUGGAGGCGGCGGGUGGCCCGCUGGUGCACGCUUUCGUUGCGGGCGGCGCGAGCAUGCUGGACAGCGUGGAGGGCGGCGCCGGUGCGGCGCGCGGGAAGGAGGUCGGCGAUAUGGGCGUGGAGUGGGCGCCUCCGGACGCCAUCCGCAAGGCGAUAUUCAGCGCACGGGUCGCGACACCUGGGCGUCUGGAGUUCGGCAAGCCCGACUUGCUGGCGUGGGGCGUUGGCGGGCUCGAAUUCAACACGGCAGCCUCGGCGGAGGAGCGCAGCGGGGCAGCGGCGCGAAGACGCGCGCUCGGCACCCUCCUGGGCACCGGCGACUGCAACGGGAAGCAGCUGCUGAAGCAGUUGAAUGGGUUUGGGUUCACGCGGGAGGAGGUGGAGGCGGCGCUGGAAGAGGUGCCGGCGUGGCUGGAGCGGGAGGAGAGCGUGCGCGCAGGGUAG